AUGAAACGUCGUGGUCGUUUCCCCCGUCACCAUCGGAUUGCUUGCCGGUCUCAUCGCUUGGAAAGCGGUCAAGUGGGUUCGACCUCGAUCGUCCUUCCGAAAGGGCGAUUCCGAACGAAAGGAUCCUUCCAACUGGAAUACGAGCCGGCGAAGGUGGCCGUGACGACGACGAAGAAGAAGGACGGAGAAGCGGCGAAGAAAAACGACGAGAUCCCUCGUCGAGAGGGAACACAGAGACCGAAGAAGACCGAAGAGAAGAAGGAAGCGGGAUACGGUUCCAAGGAGACCGACUCUAGACCCCGAAGGGACGGCAAGAAGUUCUUCCUCUUCGGUCAGGAUCUGGUGGCGGAAGACAGCAAUCCGGUUCCGUACCGACUGCAACGAGAGGAGAACAAAAUAGUGCUCGUCGACAAAGAUUCGGCAGAUGGAGAGAAGAAGCGGAUCCCGGUCAAGUUGGAAUAUCUCACCGUCCCUCUUUACCCUCCUCCCCUGUGGAAUCGAUACGUCGUGGACGCUUACUCCUGGUUUUACGUGAAAGAUCCGAAUUCUCGCCACUUAUCAUCCCCGCCUUUCCGGGUGUCGCGCCCCUUUCUCCGGCAAUCUUCUUCUCGACGCCCAUCGUCUCCUCCACACCGGGUAACGACACCUUCUUUCCGAGUGACGACUCCCUCUCCCCGCGUAUCGUCCCCUUCUUUCCUGGUAACGACUCCUUCUCCCCUGGUAUCGUCUGCUCCUCAGCCGAUGGAACUCGAUCACAGUGGAUGGACUCCCAUCCCUUGACGAUUCGUCCUCGAUCCCAUCCGUCAUCCAACCCGUCUCUUUCGUCCGUCCCUUCGGUUACCCGUUUUUAAUCGAAAACCAGCGGCGUUAACCCGGAGAAGCCCAAAGUUCGAUGCAGCAUCGCCUUGGAAUCAUCAUCGUCAUCUCUGCCAUUCCGACAAUCGCAUCGUGCUCACGAAUCCAUGUUCAUUCGGUGGAUAUCGAACUGCAUUGUCCGACUCUCGCAUUGUGAUAAUACUUCUGGUCUGCUCUUGUUACCAUUGUUAUUGUUGAUGUUAUUGCAGUUGCGUCGUUCGCAAAUCUUCCCGUUG